CUCCCACCGGCUUCGGUUUAGUAAUCAGCCCCACAUGAGUCACGCUGAACACGCAGCCCCCCUCCCGUCCUAGUGACAACUGGCCAGCUUACUCUCGGCUGUUGUCCCUUUAAAACUCGUAUCCAAGGGGGUAAUGAUUUAUCAAACUUGUAUUAUCAAGAAAAUGUCAAACGAAGGGCACCUUGCAUUGCACUGACGCAAACCCGGCCUUUCCCAAGGAGAUAUAGCAAGCGCCUCUCUGGCUGGGUCCAAGCCCAGUCUUGUCAGUAGCUGGUUUCACUCUCUACCCAUUUGAUCCUGUUGCGGCUAUCAGACAUGGACUGCGGCGCUCGCCUGGAAAUGAAUAACUCCCCGGCCUGCAGCUUGGAGGCGGCAGCGGCGGUGCCCGGUCGCCACGAGGGCCCGUGCGCCCCCAGGACCAGCCCCGAGCAGGACCUUCCCGCCACCGCGCCGCCACCGCCGCCUCGCGUGCCGAGGUCCGCUUCCACGGGCGCCCAAACUUUCCAGAUCCCCGAUCCCCGAGCCUGCGAGGCCGAGCGGCCGGGAGCGGGGGCUUGCCAAUUCGAAGGCCCUCGGGACUGGAGCGAGGCGCACGGAGCUCAGGGCGCUCCGCCUGGCAGCGGGGUGGCGGGCCCUGGCAACGCGCUGCAGUGUAAGAUCCCGGCCCUGCGCGGCCCGGAGGGAGAUGCGAACGUGAGUGUGGGCAAGGGUACCUUGGAGCGCAAUAAUACCCGGGCCGUGGGCUGGGUAAAUAUGAGCCAAAGCACCGUGGUGCUGGGCACGGAUGGAAUCACGUCGGUGCUCCCGGGCAGUACGGCCACCGCUGCCUCCCAGGAGGACGAGCAAGGGGAUGAGAAUAAGGCCCGAGGGAACUGGUCCAGCAAACUGGACUUCAUCCUGUCCAUGGUGGGGUACGCAGUGGGGCUGGGCAAUGUCUGGAGGUUUCCCUACCUGGCCUUCCAGAACGGGGGAGGUGCUUUCCUCAUCCCCUACCUGAUGAUGCUCGCUCUGGCUGGACUGCCCAUCUUCUUCCUCGAAGUGUCACUAGGUCAAUUUGCCAGCCAGGGACCAGUGUCGGUGUGGAAGGCCAUCCCAGCCCUACAAGGCUGUGGCAUUGCCAUGCUGAUCAUCUCAGUUCUGAUAGCCAUCUACUACAACGUGAUCAUAUGCUACACUCUCUUCUAUCUAUUUGCUUCCUUCGUGUCUGUGCUGCCCUGGGGCUCUUGCAACAACCCUUGGAAUACGCCAGAAUGCAAAGAUAAGAGCAGACUUCUGUUAGAUUCCUGUGUCGUCAGUGAGCACCCAAAAAUACAGAUCAAGAACUCGAGUUUCUGCAUGACUGCCUAUCCCAACUUGACAAUGGUCAACAUCACCAGCCAGGCCAAUAAGACGUUUGUCAGUGGGAGUGAAGAGUAUUUCAAGUACUUUGUGCUAAAGAUUUCUGCAGGAAUUGAGUAUCCAGGGGAGAUCCGGUGGCCUCUAGCUUUCUGCCUCUUCCUUGCUUGGGUGAUUGUGUAUGCAUCCCUGGCAAAGGGAAUCAAGUCCUCGGGAAAAGUGGUGUACUUCACAGCCACCUUCCCAUAUGUUGUGCUGGUCAUCCUACUCAUCAGAGGAGUCACGCUGCCUGGAGCUGGUGAUGGGAUCUGGUACUUCAUCACACCAAAGUGGGAGAAGCUCACAGAUGCCACGGUGUGGAAAGACGCUGCCACUCAGAUUUUCUUUUCUUUGUCUGCUGCCUGGGGAGGUCUGAUUACUCUCUCUUCUUACAACAAGUUUCAUAACAACUGCUACAGGGACACUCUAAUUGUAACCUGCACCAACAGUGCCACAAGCAUCUUUGCUGGCUUCGUCAUCUUCUCAGUCAUUGGGUUCAUGGCCAAUGAACGCAAGGUCAACAUUGAGAACGUGGCAGACCAAGGGCCAGGCAUUGCAUUUGUGGUUUAUCCAGAAGCCUUGACCAGGCUGCCUCUCUCUCCUUUCUGGGCCAUCAUCUUUUUCCUGAUGCUUCUCACUCUUGGACUUGACACUAUGUUUGCUACCAUUGAGACCAUAGUAACCUCCAUCUCAGAUGAGUUCCCCAAGUACCUGCGCACACACAAACCCGUCUUCACUCUGGGUUGCUGCGUUUGUUUCUUCAUCAUGGGCUUUCCAAUGAUCACUCAGGGUGGGAUCUAUAUGUUUCAGCUUGUGGACACCUAUGCUGCCUCCUAUGCCCUCGUCAUCAUUGCCAUUUUUGAGCUCGUUGGAAUCUCCUAUGUGUACGGCUUGCAAAGAUUCUGUGAAGACAUAGAGAUGAUGAUUGGAUUCCAGCCAAAUAUUUUCUGGAAAGUCUGCUGGGCAUUCGUCACCCCCACCAUUUUAACUUUUAUCCUUUGCUUCAGUUUUUACCAGUGGGAACCCAUGACCUAUGGCUCUUAUCGCUACCCUAACUGGUCCAUGGUGCUCGGAUGGCUGAUGCUUGCCUGCUCUGUUAUCUGGAUCCCAGUCAUGUUUGUGAUAAAAAUGCAUUUGGCCCCUGGCAGAUUUAUUGAGAGGCUGAAAUUGGUGUGCUCGCCGCAGCCGGACUGGGGUCCAUUCUUGUCACAGCACCGUGGAGAGCGUUAUAAGAACAUGCUUGACCCCUUGGGAACCUCUUCGCUGGGACUCAAACUGCCCGUGAAGGAUUUGGAACUGGGUACCCAGUGCUAGUCUGGUGGUAUAGGCUGGCCCUUGGUCCCAUUUCCUCUCUGCCUCCUUCUCAUGUUUUCCCCAGCUUCCUUCCCAGUUUUCUUCUUCCUUCCCACAUCUGGGUUCAUAUCCGUGCAUGAGAGUGGUAAUGUAGAAAAGUAGGCAUAGUAUCGCAUGCUAUAGAGAAGAGACAGACCACUUGAAGUGCUGUUUGCCUGUGUUCAUGGUGUCAGAGCCUGGUAAGAUUGGUCCCCAGAACACACGCUUUGCCCCAAAGGUGUGAGUUAACUCCAUGAGCGCUUACCUGUGAGGUCUGAAGGAUAUGUGAUUCCGCCAAUAGAGCUGUCGCCACUGUGUUUUGUCUUGGGUGGAGCCAUUUUGGUGGGAGAGCAAUGGUAGAAUGACUAGGCAGUUAAUUAGGAUUUAAGCAUAUUGUUGAUUUGAGGGGAGCAGUGGGCGACCUCAUUCAGACACAGGAUGUUUAGGGUCAGCAGUGGUCAGAACACCAUGUUUUAGAUGGAGACAAGGCUUUUGAAUGUGGACACCACAGAGGUGGUUCCAUUCACUUUUCCGUUCACAGUUGGGGAUGUUUCCUUCAUUUGGUCAUUGCUGUGCCCGGCUGAUCAGCUCUCAGACACUUUACUUUCUGCAUACUGCAGAGCUCAGUGAAGACUCAGUCAUCACUUUUAUCUGCCAUCUUUCUUUUGUGUGUGCAUAUAUAUGUGUUGCUUUAUUUUUAGUAGCUGUGUUAGUGCUUUUGAUCACUCCCCCCAACCUUUAUGAACUAGCCAUGGUAUAAUUUGUGCCUAAUUUUGUAAAUGCAGAGUAGAAUUUCACUCUAGUUUCUUCCUGACAUUUCAUGCAAAAUGGUUCAACAGCAUGGCACCAUGUUUCUUCUUAUGUCAAUGUCUCUCAACCUCUGGGAAAACAAGACUUACCCUGGUUCUGUCUAUAUAUUAUAUAUAUAGGACACAAACUCUUGAAACAACUUCUCAAUUUUUACUCUAACUUUUUUUCAUUCACAGUAAAUGCUAAUUGUGGUCAUAGAGAAUUCAAAGAAACUAAGAGUUUAAUAGAAAGUAACCACAAUAUUCACUGCGCUUUUUUAGCUCCCUGUAUUUACAGGCAUUUCUGAUAAAUGCAGCUUAGGUUAGUAGUGAGUGAGCCAAUUAAGAUUAUAGCUUUUAAGACUACAUUUAGCCAAUUCAAUUUUAAGAGUUCCCAAUUCACCAUUCUCAUAACUGCACCCUAAUGAGAGCAAAUCAUAUGUCUGCAGAGAUUGGCGAAGCUAUAACCUUUAUUAUCUUCUUGUAUCCUGAACAUGCAUAUAUGAAAAAUUUUAAAUGUGGUAUGUGUUCAUGUAGUAUGUAUCAUAGUGGUGUUUUCUGUCCUUAUAAAUAUCUUAUGAAUCACUAUAGAGAUGAUGAAUUUAGAAUAGUAUAGUCAGGGUUGUUUUUCUUUUCUUUUCUUUCUUUUUUUUUUUGCUCUUGCAGUAAUAAUAUCCAAACCUAAAUUGUUUCCUUUAGGGGACACUAUUUCAAUCAUUUUCUUAUUUGUUUAUUUUCAUAUUACAGGGUCUCAGGCAAAGUUUUCAGUUCAAAUUUGUAGAUUAAUGUGACAUUUUCAUCCUACUCAGUGACAGUGAAACAAACCUUAAUUUAAGUUUUUUUUAAAAUGAGUUUAUUUGUUUAAAAAAGUCUCAAUGCUUUAUUGAGUUCUUUCUUCCCUAGGGAAAAUAUUACUAUUUGCCAAUAGCAAUGUAAACUUCUGAUUUUUUUCAUGAGUGGAAACUUUUAAAGGAAACAAGGAUGGGUUUUGAACUUUGGGUUGUCAUUUCCUUUAUCUGCAGCUCAUUCUUAUUCUUCCCCC